CACAAGGGCCUGCGCGUCUUGUCGGGGCCGGAGUUGACAGACGGUCUCUGGCUGGAUUUCGACGGCCCCGGGACCGCGGAAGAGGCUUCCGAGGGCGGCCGCGAUGCCGAGCCAGCAGCGGGUCAGUCAGCUCCUGGAUCUAUGCCUUUGGUGCUUCAUGAAGAAUAUUUCUAGAUAUAUCACAGACAUUAAGCCUUUGCCACCCAACAUAAAAGAUAGACUGAUCAAAAUAAUGAGCGUGCAGGGGCAGAUAACAGAUUCGAAUAUAAGUGAGAUUUUACAUCCUGAAGUCCAAACUCUAGAUCUACGAAGCUGUGAUAUUUCAGAUACUGCUCUCCUGCACCUAUGUAACUGCAGAAAAUUGAAGAAAUUAAUUUUAAAUUCCUCAAAAGAAAACAGAAUUUCCAUAACUUCAAAAGGAAUAAAAGCUGUGGCUUCAUCUUGUUCUUACCUGCACGAAGCUUCUUUGAAAAGAUGCUGCAAUCUCACUGAUGAAGGAGUCCUUGCUCUUGCACUCAAUUGCCGGCUGCUAAAGAUCAUUGAUUUAGGUGGCUGCUUAGGUAUUACUGAUGUGUCCUUGCAGGCAUUAGGAGAAAACUGCCCAUUUUUGCAGUGUGUUGAUUUUUCAGCUACUCAGGUAUCUGACAGUGGUGUGGUUGCGCUUGUUAGUGGACCUUGUGCCAAGAAAUUAGAGGAGAUUCAUAUGGGAUAUUGUGUGAAUCUGACUGAUGAAGCUGUAGAAGCUGUCCUUACUUGCUGUCCUCAGAUAUGUAUAUUACUCUUCCAUGGAUGCCCCCUGGUAACAGAUCAUUCACGAGAAGUCUUGGAGCAAUUAGCAGGCCCAAACAAACUAAAGCAAGUGACGUGGACUGUAUAUUGAUGCUUAUUGAAGCUUAUCAAAGCUAUGAUCUUCAUACAACUUUCCCAGGAAACAACGCUCUAGAGAUUGGCUUUCCAAUAAUAUGAUUUAUGCUUUGAAGUUAACCAGGCUCUUAAACAUUUUAAUAGUGCUGUUAUUUCUAAGUUUGUUUGAGGAGUGAUUGUUCUUGAAAUGACAAUCCUAGCAUGCCCUCUGAUGUAUUUGGGGAGGGUAUUGUGUUUGUUUCUUUAAUAGCAAAGUUUUAAAUUACCUGUUUUCCCUGGAAAUUUCCUUCUCCUACCUAGAUAUUUGAGCUGCUGUAAGAGAAAUUUACCAAUAUGGAUAAACAUUAGGAGAAUUCUAAGUAAAGGUAUUUCUAAAAGCAUUAAUUACCUACCUAGCUAUUUUUUGGCUGCUACCUUCCAAAUUAUUUAAAUGUCCACUGGCCAGAAAGCAAAGCUGAACAUCAGGCCUGUAACUUCUUCACAGAAUUUAUUAUUUCAAUGAAACAAAGGAAUAUAAUAGUUUAAUGUCAUAAUCCAGGACAUCAUAUACCUUAGCCAUUCAGCAUAUGAAUGUUACUGAGUAUGGCUACUUUUCCCAAAUACAUGCUAUUCAUCUACAAACUUUCGUCCUUAAAAACUGCAGUCAAGAAUGUGUAAGAAUGCGUAAACACGAAAUGUCAUCACAGAGGUUGUAUCCUGAAGCUCUACUGGUUUCACAUUGUGAAAUAAACACACAGGUCUUAGUUUUCAAAUGAAAUGUAUUACUCUCUAUAAUCACAAAAUUCUCUGAAGUAUACUGUGCUUAAACUACCCCCAAAUUCAGCAUAUUCCCUGUGCCAUGAGCCUGUCUCAGUCGGACUUUUCUAAAGAUUUCCUAUUUUAACUGUGAUGUAGUGAAUAACAGGGAAAGUGUGGUAUGGUAGAUUUCUUGUAUAUGUUUAGAAGGAAGGGUUUACAUAUUCAACUCUACUCCUUGUCCUUACUAUUAACUACUUUAUAAAUGUGAUAUGUUUAUAGCGUAGAUAACAUAUAUUGCCACUGCAAAGGUGGUUCAUAUGUAUAUAUGUGUAAAAUGGGUAAGGCCUGUUCCAUCUAUGAAAUUUUUCUGAAGACAAAUUCAGUAAGAUUUAAUAUUGAACACCUAACCAAGUCAAUAGCUUUUUCCGCUUUGGGGGAAACUAGUUUCAAGAUCUAAGGUAUCAGGUUUGUAGAGUCUAUAAAGGACUCAUCAUCCUAAAGCCGUUUGCAGCUUGACCUUCUUUUUUUAUACUGCUAGUUACCUUAGCUGUUUCUCGGCACUCUGUUUAAAAUUUGGGUCUCCCAUCCCUAUCCUACCUAUCCCUGUCACCCUUAUCUGUCACUCUAGACUCUAUUUUUCCCCUUGCCACCUGUCACCAUCUGACAUGUUUUAUUUUUUAUUUGUUAUCUGUCUCCCCACCCUAGUA